GUACGCCACGCAGCAUAUGCAUGCGAAGUACUCUUCGUUCGAUGGAGUGUAUUCCUUUCUGGGGUCCAAUAAUUUCGAUCGUUAUUCCACACGGAGGAAUCUGGAGUGCAGCAUAGGAGUGAUGGACCGAGGCUUCGCUGAGGGUAUCAGGUCGAUUCAUGAGGAUAAGAAACAUAAAGGCUUCAAGCCAUCCUUGGACGAUUG